AGAACAUCCCUCUAUUCCUCCGACUCAUGGAAUGGAGGAAAUCUAUUCAUUAAAAGAGCUUGAAAAUAUGGAACUGGAAGACUACCAUCCCCAUCAUUUAACGCAAUUGCAACACCAUGAUGGCGAUAAAUCUGUGAUCCUGUCCCCCCCAAAUCAUUAUAGGCCUCCAGCUUUGGGAUACUUGCCGCCAGAUCCCCGUGGUCACACUCACCUAUCCAAAGACCAUAUGAAUCUUGGUCAAAGCUAUGAAUUGCCAUCCAAGUCUUAUUUGCCACCUAAGGUUCACCCUGAUUUAGGAGAAGAAAAUCACAUGAUGUAUUUUUCGCCACCAAUUCAUGGGUAUCUUCCCCCAACUCAUGGUAAGACUCCAAAGGCUCUACAUGCAUCUCUUCACUAUCUUCCACCAAGCCAUGAUUACAAAAAACCCAGGCCAGGACCGACAUAUCCUUCCAAAGAGUACUCUACAAGAGUCGAAUUUCAAGAUUUUCAGCCACCCUCUAAAGAAUACUUGCCGCCAGCAGCAGGUCGUUAUUCCAGCAAAUUGGAGGUCAAAGAACCCACACAUGAUAUCAAACGACAAGGGGCAAACCAUAUCAGCAAAAGUGAGGAUCCAAAACUGAAGCCUUCGCAAUCAUAUUUGCCCCCUAAAAUGGCCGAGCAAGAGGAAAGCUCCAUGGAACAUUACAAGCCUCCUUCCAAAGACUAUUUGCCACCCACAGAGGAAGACCUUGAGAACGAGGAUGACUUGCCAAAUCGUUACUCGCCACCUAAGAGUGAUUAUUUGCCCCCUGGAAAACCUGCUCAUCCCUAUGAGGUCAAAUCAAUAUCAACUGAAGAUCCCAAGGAGUUUGAUAAUCCUGGUAAUCAUUUGAAGCCACCAACUCACGGUUACAUUCCCCCUCAGGCUGACAAGGCUGCGGGCAAACAUGAGCAUCUAAAACCGCCAUCAAACGAUUAUUUACCUCCUAAAGCAAAGGACUCCAAACUUGGUACUCACUACAAACCACCCUCUCAUGGCUACCUUCCACCAGAGAAAACUGAAGAAGAGCAUCACCUUCAAAGCCAUUUUGAAGCUCCAAGUAAAGACUAUCUGCCUCCCAAAGCGGAAUCACAGCCAGAAGAAUCCCAUGAAAACCUGAAACCCCCUAACAAGAAGUACCUUCCCCCCAAGAAAGAAAAAAAGGUCCUAGGAUCUCACUACGAACCUCCAUCUCAUGGAUACCUUCCUCCCAAAGCUCAAGAUGGCAUUAACGUAAACAACCAUUAUGAGAUGCCCAAUCAUGAAUAUCUCCCUCCAGACAACAAUAAAUUGGAUGAUACUGGCCAACAUCUGAAACCACCCUCAGUGGAGUAUCUUCCACCCAAGGGUGAAUACAAAGGCAGUGAAACUGAUUACCAGCCUCUAUCUGUUGAUUACCUGCCACCCACAGUCAAGGAGACAAAGCAAAUUAACGACCACUAUGCAGUGCCCAGUCACGAUUAUCUUCCCCCACAAGACAGCAAAGAAAAUAAUGAUCACCUACAUUUAAAGCCACCCUCUGGAGAGUAUCUUCCGCCAAAAGGAAAUGUUCCAAAUGUUGGAAUCCAUUAUGAACCCCCUUCUCAUGGUUAUCUUCCCCCGGACAGUGGCAGAAAAGAUGAUACCCAUCAGCAUCUAAGACCGCCGUCAGGAGAAUAUCUUCCACCUAAAGGAAAGGUGCCGGAUAUUGGCACUCACUAUCAGCCACCCUCUCAUGGCUACCUUCCACCACAGAAAAAUCUGGAAGAUGACAGCCAUCAGCAUCUAGAACCUCCUUCAGGGGAGUACCUUCCUCCAAAAGGGAACAAUUACGAAAUAGAUACUCAUUAUCAACCACCCUCCCAAGGUUAUCUUCCUCCCGGCAACAAAGAGAAAGAUGAUGCACGUCAGCAUUUGGAACCGCCCUCCGGCGAAUAUCUACCGCCCAAGGGAAAGGUGCCAGAUAUUGGAACCCACUAUCAGGUGCCCUCACAUGGUUAUCUUCCACCGAAGUCAAGUGCACAAGAUGAAAGCCAUCAACAUUUCAAACCACCCUCUGGAGAGUAUCUUCCUCCUAAAAUAAACGGACCAGAAAUCGGAAAUCACUACCAACCUCCCUCCCAAGAUCAUCUGCCACCUAAAUCUGAAGCUCAAAACCAUCAAAUCAAUGAUCAUUAUGAGACCCCCACCCAUGAUUAUUUGCCACCAAAGAAGGAAAAGUCAGAACAUCAGCAUUUGAAACCACCCUCUGGCGAAUACCUCCCUCCAAAAGGAGCAGAUCCAGAGAUAGGUACGCACUAUAAACCCACAUCUCAUAAGUAUCUCCCACCGCAAGGCAAGGAUUACUCGUCACCAGAUACAGACACACCUCCAAAGUAUGACCAGCAUCUGAAGCCUCCAUCCAGUGGUUAUCUUCCUCCUAGAAAGGAAGGCUCCAAACUUGAUGCGCUCUUGUCUCCUCCAUCUCAUGGUUACCUACCACCCAAUAACUAUGAACCUGAUCAUCAUGAUGAUCAUGCAUCAAACAAUGCUCAUUUGAAGCCGCCAUCAAGCGAUUACCUACCACCAAAAGAAGUAGAACACGUUGGAAAAGCACAAGCUAACUACUCUGAUUUGAAGCCACCUUCUCAUGAUUAUUUGCCUCCUAAAGAGGUGAACCAUGUCACAGUGACUCCGCAUAGCAUAUCAGUCUCAGAGCAAUAUCAACCAUCUUCUCCUGGAACAACACCCUAUCACGUCCCCCCUUCAUAUCCAACAGGUGCUCCCGAAGCCCAAUCGAUUUCAAUUGAGCCAAAUAUAUUGAUCAACGGCAAAUCUUACAAAUUGGAUGUUCCUGGCAGUACGGCAGUUACUGUGGGUCCAAACAAUCACCACCAAAAUGCACUUCCACCACAUUCAAUCAAUAUUCAAAUCAACAUACCCAACAAGGAUGAAUUUACAAUUGGAAAAGGAAUUCAAGGGCUGGGUGGAAGCCAUUUCCACUCUCCAGAAAUGGAGGAUAAAAAUUACGCCCCUAAGGUACCGGAAUAUAGACCAGGUUCGCCAGCAGUUGAAUACUCAGGCCCUGGAGAAGAAUUCAAUCAUCAUGAGUCUAAGCCGUCUUACUACCCAGAUCAUGAGACUUACGACGACGGCUAUGGCUAUGGAUUUAAUUUACCCAAGCCUCAGUAUCAUAACACCAAGGACCAUCCCCCAAGAAAGUAUAUAUCCACCAAAGAUCAUUUGAGGAAUUAUAACCCACAAUAUUUGCCUACCGUUCCUAAGAAUCUCCCAUAUCCUCCAUAUCUCCCACCUUCACCUUUCCCAUCAGGACCUGAAGAUGGGUCAUAUCUCUUCGGUUAUGAAAACAAAGAUAACCUUUAUCAUCCACCUGGGUCGCAAUACUUGCCACCAAUUGAUAGCAGUAUUGUCCAUCCACGCCUCUUGCCACAUACCGGAAAUGGGCGCCCGAAUGAUGGGCCUCCCAAAUUACCUAACUAUCACUCGCAUCACGUAGAAAACUCUCCUGAUGAAACGCUUUCUCCGCCGAAGGGAUCGUACCUGCCACCGGACGAUUACGUUCCGCCACCGACCCCGGACAAUUACAUUCCCCCACCCAGUGAAGUUCCAAGUGAAAGUAAUGGGUAUAUCCCUCCACCUCCUAAACCACCAUCAGCAUCUGAUGACUAUCUACCUCCACGUGUUGAGGGUGCCAAGCCUGAUUACAUUCCACCGCCACCAAGAGAUGUAUUACCGGAAGUGGAUGAUGUGGACGCUGAUAAUAUUCCUGAGCCUCCAUCUCCAGAUGAAAUAUCCGCUCAACAAGUUCUUAACAGCCAAACUCUUCCCCCAAGCUCAUCAAGUGAUCACUACAUUCCACCCAAAACCAUGCACGACAUCCCAAAAAACUUUUUAAGGCCAGAGGAUGUUCCAGAGGAGAUUCCAGAGGAGAUUUUGGAGCCUCCUGCGCCCACUGAAAUUGACGCAGAGACCAUAUCAGAGCCAUCAGAACCUCCAGAACCGUUCCUUGGACUCGCAAAGCUCACAAAUGGAAGUGGUCUUGAAGAGUCAAACGAACCAAAACUGCCCCCAAUGCCCACAUUGGCUCCGCCCCAGCCUGACAAGUUCUUGCCCCUUUUAAGAGAGCUGAGCCCUGAUCUGCUCAAAAAAUUGGGAAUUAGCGUUAAUCGGCCUAAUCCCAAUGCAGCUCAAGCCAAUUUUAUCCCUGGAGUCCCCGGGAAGGACUAUCCUGAUUUCAAAUCCAUUCCCCCAACUGCCUUCUCAUGUGAGAAUUUCAUUUUAGAAGGAUUCUAUGCCGAUACCUUUACUUCCUGUCAGGCUUUCCAUGUGUGCGAAUCCGGAAAGCGGCAAUCCAGUUUCCUGUGUCCAAGGGGAACCAUUUUCAAUCAAAAGCACCGCGUCUGUGAUUGGUGGUACAAUGUCAAGUGCGAGGACUCCGCCGAGUUCUAUGACCUCAAUUUGGAUCUAAUAUUGCUAGAGAAUAAGAAAAACAGAGCCACGUUGAGCGUCCCUCCGCCAAUAGACCCGUUCUCUGUGGCUGGUGUGGAUAGUAACCUUCUCUCCGGAUUGGAAAGUGAUAGCAGUCUUCUUGGAGGAUUUGGAGCUCAACUCCUCAAUAGCAUUGGAAUGAUGAAUGUUAUGAAUGGAAUCGACAGGAGUGACAACGGGCAAUCCUUGGACACCUCCAAACUCCGGAUACGAAACAGACCAACAAAAACUCCUCUCAUCAACUCACUCAAGGCCCCUUCUGAUGAUCUCUUCAAGGGGAAACAAGGUUCUUUUGUAAAUAAGCUUUCUGACCUGAACCAAAACGACAUUGAUGACAUGACUUCAGACGAACUCUCAAAGCUUGCCAACAGUCUGGCAACUCUUGAGCAAUUGUCCAAAGAUUUGGAGCACUUUGACGAUAACGAAAUGAAAGAGUUACUUUCUAGAAAAGCAAAUCCUCCAUCAAGACUGCCAAAUAAUAAAUUUCUUCCACGCAGCGGCCGCAUUGGCCAACCCAUAGUCGCUUCCCGUAGAUCCAAUGAAGCUGAAGAAGAAUCAGCUCUUUCGGAAUCUCGAAAGGCAAGUGUGGCGUCAAGCCUUUGUGAAUUUAUGAACAUUUGUGACAAUCUCGAGAGUUCUCCGGAGACCCACCGGAAUUAUCCUGCAAAAGAACUCUCUGAGACAAGCAUAGACUCGAAAAUUGUGAAUCCUCUCCCUGUUUCGGUUGAAACUACCGCCAACCCUUUUCUCCGAACAGGUGAGAAAACGGCCUCCGAGAUUGCCGCUUUGGUAGCCAAAACAAAGGCUUAUCUAAAAGAGAAACCUUUUGACCUGGACGUAGCUGGGUCUGAAAUUCGGGAACACUCAGUCAUAAGAACCCCCAAAUUAGAGACAGACAAUGAAUUUCGGUUGAGUGAUGACAACAUGGAUCUUGAUGUAACCACGUGGAAUCCAACAACUAGCCAUGCUUUCACUGAAAGCCAAACAGACGUAUCGUCGUCCUCUGAUUGGACACCCAUUCGUAGCCUAAAUUAGGCGACUUUAAAUCGAACCAAUAUUAUAUGUUCAUCAUCAAAGUGUGGAUGUAUUUCUAUGAAUUCAUGUAUUGAAUACCGUAACAAUAAAUUUAGUCGGAUC